AUGGAACACCCCCACAACACCAGCAGAGCCGAAGCUGAACGCUUGCUCGGAAUCUCCGAGAAGCUGUUACUCAACAGAGAUCUCAACGGCUCAAGAGAGUUCGCACUCUUAGCCCAAGAAGCCGAACCCUUACUGGACGGCCCAGAUCAGAUCUUGGCCGUUACCCAGGUCCUUCUCGCCGCCGAUAAGCGGAUCAACAACCACCACGACUGGUACGCUAUACUCCAACUCGAGCGCCGUUCCGACGACCUCGAACUCAUCAAGAAACAGUUCCGGCGACUGGCUUUUCUUCUACAUCCGGACAAAAACAGGUACGCUUUCUCUGACACUGCGUUUAAGCUGGUCGCCGAUGCUUGGGCUGCGUUGUCGGACUCGAAAAAGAAGUUUCUGUUUGACAAUGAGUUGGGUCUGUACUCGAAGAUCGAUCUGGUGGCGACGAAGAAGCAGAGAGAAUUUCAAAAGCAACAACCACCACCACCAAAACAGCGUCAAAACGAUCAGGAUCAUCAGACAUUUCCGGUGAGACGGGGCUCGCCGCCGGCGAGUACUGGCGGGGAGAAGGAAACGUCGAGUUUUUGGACGGCGUGUCCGUACUGUUACAACUUGUAUGAGUAUCCCAGGGAUUACGAGGGGUGUUGUUUGAGGUGUCAGAACUGUGAGAGGGCUUUUUCGGCGGUGGCUAUUCCGGAGAUGCCACCAUUGGUGCCGGGGAAGGAAGCGUAUAAUUGCUGUUGGGGAUUUUUUCCGAUGGGGUUUACGGUUUCGGGGUCGGAGGUUGGCAAAAGUGGGGGGUUUCCAGUUUGGGUGCCUCCCACGUUUUCUACAGGUGGGACGGCGACGACGGAGCCAGCGGUCUGGCCGAGUGGUGGAAACGGCGGUGGGUUUGUGAAUGUGGCGGAAGUGAAUGUGACUCCGGCUGGUACCAUGGCUAAGAAGAAGAGAGGUAGGCCUAGGAAGGUUGUGCAGGUGUAA